AUGUCGGAGCCGGUGUGUCAAUUCACCAUCAAACAUCGUUUCAAAUUCAAUGAGGCCUAUCAAACCUCGAUGCCUUUUACACACUUUGGCGAGAAAUGGUAAAAUAGGGACAGUUUUCGAAUGCAUAUUCAAUUCAUAUUUUCAGGUCCAUGCUGUUGCAUAACAAUGCGAACGAAAGACCCAGCAUUUCUCUUAAGUGCGCGAAAGAAUCGACGUCGAAUUUGUGGUCGAUCGAAGCGAAAGUGCUGCUCAAAAUCAUCGCAGUGAGUCCGCUGAAUCCGGUGAAUUUCGAGCAGGUGGCCACCGGAGUGUUCCACGCGUCGAAUUCAACGAUCCGAUUCGGGACGGGACUGCCCACUCGCGGAGAGCUCGCCGAGAAGUUCGUGUGCGACGAGUUGAUGCGGUUAGAGCUCCACGUCACACUUCUCAAGAUGGUCGGCAUCCGACAGAAACGGAAGCACGACUUCGAUCGAGUCGACGACCGACUCAGCGAUGUGAUCCUCGUCGCCGGCAGAAAGGAAUUCCACGUCUCCAGAGCGGUACGUCGGAGAUUCAUACAAACUUUCCAGGGAUUGAUGUAUUUUCAGAUCCUGAGCUAUCACUCUCCGGUCUUCCGUGCCUUGCUCCUCGGCGAUUUCAAAGAAGCGAAAGCCGCGAAAGUCAAUGUGAUUCCAACGACCGCCGAGUCUUUCCAGACCUUUCUCUCUUUGAUCCAUUCGUCGGAGGCACAUCUCACAAGUAAGUCUGGUUGUACCAUGCGUAUCUUUCUUUCGACGUAGCGCGAAUGCAUCGACGUCUUGCAUUCAUAGCAAUAUUUGAGAGUUGGUAUUCUAGACUCUCAGGGUUUCCCCCGGUACUUCAGAGAUCGAACAUGUUUUCCCCAAACCAACUCCUUUUUUUCAGUCAUGAACGUGGUCGAAGUGCUCGAGCUGGCCAACUACUACAACGUGGAGAUGGUGCUGAAGCAGUGCGAGACGUACCUCUCACAAGAGAAACUCGUGCCGAUGACCCGCAAACUGGUGCUCGCGGAGCAGUUCAACCUGGCCGAUCUGCAGCAUUCGUGCCUCAAAUCGAUCGACACGCCGGCCGACUGCGUCGAGAUUUGCCGCGACGCCGAAGAGUUUGGCGAGAAGACUCUCCGGGCGCUGCUCAAGAAAUCGAUCUCGUUCAUCGGCAGCGUCGGCAACAACGUCGGCAACAACGUCGGCAACAACGCGGAUGAAUCACCGAGCAUGAGAAUAUUUAUGGAAAUGCAAGAAUUUCAGCGGGGAGAAAACACGCGGAGGAAUCUCGCACCACUCGAUUUUCCGUUGUUCGCACAUUAUCCCUUUCUCCCUCCUCACGAGGAAUAUAAUCGACUCGGUAGAAAUUGA